AUGACGACAGGGAAUUCCCAGCCGUUCACGGCACACCCACCUAUCCAGCCGUUCACAAACAACCACUCGCAACCUGCCUCACACGAUCCUGCUGCUCCUACUGCCCCAUCCAAACGAGACUUGGCCUCCUGGUGGAAGACUUUCAAGCGUAACACAAAGAAGGAGGAUGACAAUAAAGCACGGGCAAAUGGUGGAAUCUUUGGUGUCCCACUAAAUGUUAGCAUCAAAUAUGCAAAUGUUGCCAUCUCAUUGACAAAUGAUAAAGGCGAGAGUUUCAUUUAUGGUUAUGUUCCAAUUGUUGUUGCAAAGUGUGGCGUCUUUCUGAAAGAUCAAGCCACCGAAGUCGAAGGCAUUUUCCGUCUGAGCGGUUCCGCACGACGCAUCAAGGAGUUGCAGGAGAUAUUCGACUCGCCCGAGCGCUAUGGCAAAGGUCUGGAUUGGGGGGGAUACACAGUGCAUGAUGCUGCCAACAUACUGCGGCGGUACUUGAACCAGCUGCCUGAACCCAUUGUCCCCCUGGACUUUUAUCAAUCCUUUCGCCAGCCGCUUCGGAAUCAUCAAGCGCAGGCUGUCGGCAGUACUGAUGCAAAGGAAUCCGACACCGGCGACUUCGACUACGAGAAAGCCGUGGCGACGUAUCAGCAACUUAUCCGUGAAUUACCUCCACUGAACAAGCAAUUGCUCCUCUACAUCCUUGACCUUCUUGCCGUUUUCGCGUCGAAGUCGGAGACGAACCGCAUGACCUCGGCCAAUCUGUCUGCCAUUUUUCAGCCUGGCUUGUUGUCACACCCUACACAUGACAUGGCGCCUAAUGAAUACAGGCUUAGUCAAGACGUGUUGAUAUUUCUAAUCGAGAAUCAAGACCAUUUCUUGUUCGGUAUGAACGGUACUGCGGCCGACCCGCAGACAGUCAAAGAAUUCCAAAAUGGUGCCGCCGUUACGCCGUCUCGGGCCCAGGGAGUGCGUCGCUCCGCAUCAAAUGCUAGUGGUGGUGCGGAUAGUCUCAGGAAGUACGAGACCCUUCGCCGCAAUGUGUCUGUGUCAUCUCGCAACUCUGGCAACACCCAGAGCCCAGGUACGCCUUCGUCGACAGUUAGCACUGUGAAACGCAGUAAUACUGUUCCCUCGAAGAAGUCACCUGGUCUAGUUGCGCCGAGAUUGGGUCGCUCUGGCGAGUCAACAAGCCCGUCCUCUUCUGCUGCCUUGACACCUUCAACUGAAGUAAAUCGCACCCUUGCAACUGAAACUAGCAACAAUCCUGCUCAAGAAGCACACCCAGAGCCACCCAAAACGGUAACACAACCGGCGUUCGAAGAACAAACAGCUGAAUCCUCUCAGUAUUUGGAGCCUCAGCCCGCUGUUACAGCGCAAACCCCGCCUGUCACCACACCUACCAGAGAGCGCAAAUUAUCUAGCUUCUUUAGCAAGUCCCCUCCUCCGGUUUCAUCUGAAUACAAGGAGGUCCGCCAGCCUAAUCGGCUGAAAAAGAAGCGGAUCCCCGGUAGUGCUAAUGCCAGCGCUCAAAGCUCUAGUCAAUCUCUUAGUGCUAACGAACCUGGUCUUCACUCAACUUCGCAAGUCGUAACUCCGGUAGCACCGACUUCCAUUGAAGGCAUUACCACUAUAGUCGAGAAUCAUGCUGUUCCUGAGGGCAGCAACAGUCAUCACCAGCAUCAACCGUCGGAAAGCACGCUCAGACCCAAUCGCUCUCGGACGCCUUCCAUGCACUCGAAGUCGUCAUACACCGAUCAUUCUGAUUUUGAUCAAUAUGAGGAGGGUUCGAGAUCAGAGAAGAGGGAUCACCGACGCAGUUGGCGUUUCCCGCUUUCGAGACACCACCAUGAACAGUCAAGUACGUCACCACCACCCGUGGUUGGUGUGAAUUCAAGGGCCGAAUUCAGCACUAGCUCUAUCGGGAGUUCCUUUGCGCAGCGACAAAAUUCCAACAAUGACUCUCAUCAUCCUAGUACCGAUGUGACGUCCGUGCCAGAUAACGAGGGGGGACGAGUUCCGAGCUCAUCUCGUGAUGGCGGGGUAUCCUCGGACAAUGAGAAGCUCAGCCUAUUUGAAAAGCUAAAGGCCAAGGUUGCAUCCAAGAAGGAGGGCAAUGAGCGUGCUAAGAGCCCGCCACGAUCUGACUUGACGCCUGAUCCAAGCCACUCUCAAGUUGAAGAAAAGGAGAAGGAAAAAGAACCGCAAAGUGAGCAGCAGCAGCCGCAGGAGCCGCAGUCACAGCCACAAAUACAAUCAACAAUACCUGAGGGUGAGGAGGAGUGCAACUCGACCCCACCAACAGCAGGUGAAUCAAAUUAA